CUCAACUACAGGGGCAAAACGAUUAUGCUAAUACCAGGUUGUUGUCAUCAAUCAUAUUGUGUCAAUGCGGUGUCAAGGCGUCAAGCCCCUCCUCUUACUUGUCAAAAGCAAUAUGUGUGUUUAUUUUGCAAAGGAGAAUUGAUGGCAUUCUAAUUACGCCUAGAGCGCAUCGGCUUGCGUGGAUCUGCAGUUUUGAAUAAGAGUUAAAAUAAAGAGAAUUAAUUACGCGAGUCGCCUUAUCUUCACUUGAACACCGGGCGACAGAGUGCGGAGUGACGUCACAGAGGCGCGCCUUAAAUUGGAAGAGCGUAGCGCGGAGUGAUCCUUGGUUUGAUCUCCCACUCAUGCCUUUGGAUCUUAUCACAGCGGCAAGGACAUCAACAACGCUAAAGACAGUCACGCAGUCGGAGAGCGAGGAGCAACUGCUGGGGACCCACGGAAAUGACUUUUUUUGCAUCGUUUCUACCAUGAAAGUGGUGCGUAAAUGUCUGCGUACUGUGCGUAAAAGUCAGCGACCAAAAUUGGAAUAGGCGAAACAUUUGAUAUUUUAGCCAGUAAGUGUGUUAGUGUGGACAAGUCUCAGAAGUAGAAGUUUCUUGCUUGGACAAAUGCUGUUGGAGGACGCCCCCUUGCUACUCUGAUCAUAUUUGAGCCAUGGCUUACUCUCAGCUGGGAUAUUCCUACUCCACUACACCACAGUUUCUGAUGACCUCAAGCCUUGCUGGUUGUCUGGAGCCGGGAUCCCCUGCAUCAUCUCACACGGUGCUGCGAUCCCCCGGCCACCAACUCACCCCUGGCACUGGCAUCGGUGUGUGUAGCCCAUACUCAAAGCGCCAAGGUUACUAUAACACCUGCACCGGCGACGCCAGCCCUCUCUAUUCCAGAGGAGGACUAGAACCCAAAACUGUUGCUGCAUCUGUGCACAUGGGAACAUCUCAGACAUCUGGCUACUACCCCUAUGAAUACACAUUGGGACAUUAUUCUUAUGACAGAUAUGGGUAUUCGUCAUCUGAAGGAGUUUCACGGCGUAAAAAUGCCACCCGCGAAACCACGGGCACCCUGAAGGCCUGGCUGCAGGAGCACCAGAAGAACCCUUACCCAACGAAAGGAGAGAAGAUCAUGCUUGCUAUCAUAACUAGGAUGACCCUCACACAGGUGUCCACAUGGUUUGCCAAUGCUCGCAGGAGGCUGAAGAAAGAGAACAAGGUGACGUGGUCGCCGCGAGCCUGCAAAAGCUCAGACGACAGAGGCCGAGAUGAAGACAGUGAUGAAGUAGAGAAGCCUCUUAAAGCUGACAAAGACCAUCCUGAUCAACAGUCUGCUGACUUGCAGAGCGAUCUUGAAGACUUCGACCUGCUGGAGUCUGAUGCGUCCGACUGUGAGCCAAAGCCACAGUUUCUACCAGAGGAAAGUGAAGUCAAUUCAAACGUCCCACAUGGUCACCUCGUGUACAACCCAAGCUCAGAGAGAUUGUCUCCAGACUUCCCCAAACUCACACCAGUUCACGACCAGACCACCGCCUUCUAUCCAAUCCCAGAUGCGCAGGGGACAGACACCAAACCCAAGAUCUGGUCCAUCGCACACACUGCCGUGUCUUUGGACAACAGCACUGAGCCUGAAUACCCACCCUGUAUGCUGUCAUCUACUGGUUCCUCCUCUCCUUGCUUUCCGUCAAACAUGGCGCUACCCACGGCAGAAAGGAAGCAGGAAUCACCAGUGGCCACGCUGAGGGAGUGGGUGGAUGGUGUUUUCCACGGGCCGCCAUUCCAACAACUCAAAACAGCAACGGCGUGGAAAGGUUUGAGCGAAGCGACAUUGAGCAGCAGAACAUCAGGACAACCUUUUGAACUUGUAAGAUCCACAACAUCUUUGUAAGGCGACAAAGAACUUUAUUUUAAAAAUAACACACUGCUGGACUGGAUAGAUAAAAAGUUUAUAUUUUGAUGUUGUGACCGACUGACUGUUCACCACACUGUUGUUGUGUGUCACCUGGUGGUCUCACUUCUACGUCCAAAGGAUCCUCAGCCAGCAACAGCUUACAGUUGACACUGUUCAUAAUUCAGUUCAUAGUUAUCACAAUACCAUCAAUGCCAUGAGAUUAUUAAAAAACACUACCUACCAACUAUUUCCCAGUGAUUCAUUUUAAAAGAUGGAUCCUAAAAAGGCAAUCUUUGCAUAUACUGUACACAAAAGAAACACGAUUCAGAGACUUUUCCUAUGUUCUCUGAAACAGUUUCCUAAUUUGUUGAAAAUCAACUAAAGAGCAGAUUAUCUUGUUCUUGGGACACUCCAAAAUGCCCAUCUUGGACUUUCUACAUAGACAGAUUAAAUGACUUGUGUUGCUUUUCACUCACAUGUCGCUGUCAAUGAGUCAUCCGGAAUAAAAAAAUGUUUAAAAGUUAUAUUAACCGCUCAAGAAAUUUUGAUUUUUUGGGGGGAAAGUGUACACGUCUUUAGAUAUGAUGUUGGCAAAGCCUUUAAGUGUGAGUUCUCUAAAUCUAUAAAAGAGAUGCCUAGAGCAGCUAGUGCUGAUUCUAAAUGUUAUACACAGUUUCAGUUCAGUUUCAUUUUACUUUAGAUUAAGCAACACCACAAAUGAUUAUGCACAAAUUUGUGAUGCUCUCCUUUGGCUGAGGAGUUCCUUUCAUGAUUUAAAGGACAUCCUGCUUUACUUGGACUUUCAAUGACCACAUUUCAUUAUAAAAAGGGAACUCUUGGCCUAUCCACUUUGACAGCGUCUCUGUUUGUACAACUAGCAGCGCGUUAGGGGCCGAGCGGUCUGUUUUAUCCAAUUCUAGCAACUUUGACACACUUAUGGACCCCGUGUCAACUCAUCUUAACUGCAUCCUGGUUGUACCGUAUUGUACCUAACACCUUCACACCCACUGAGAAUAAAUGUUAAGUUUACUAGCAUCAGUUCAAAUGAUGUAAAUCCUUUAAAACAAUGUGGACUCUACCUCCACAACCACGGAUGUGUGUGUGUUUAAGCGUGUGUGUGUGGUUUGAGGCAGCGAAAUGGGGGGAAGUGGAUUGUAUUCAGCCGUGACUAAUGGAAACACACAGAGGAGGGUGCUGCUAAAUUGUUAAAUCGAUGCCACUUCCAGCCGAGCUCCAGAUAUAGCUGCAAUCAGCCAUGCGUCCCCUUUCAUUAGGCAGCUUUUGACUUUUUGCAUCCUGGGAAUUUGAGCAACCUUCCGCCAGUAAAAUGCCUCAUAAAACUUCUUAAGUAAUUUUAAGCGAGUAAUAUGUGGAUCCACUUGAGUGACUCCACGCUACAAACAAUAGGAAGAGCUGUCAUAGAAAUAAACAAUGCACUACGGACGCCAUCAUUGGCAUUAAAUGGUGUGUCAUAACGCACCCCCCAUCUGCUUGAGAUAGGCAGAGCGGAACUGUCAAAUUUAGCACUUAAAGCACUUAAAAGUGGCGUUCUCUAAAACAAAGCACAACAAGAAACAGUGUUUUUUUUCCACCAUUGUUCUCCUGUUUUCGAUUUAGGAGCAGUGAUAAAGUAUUUAUCAGAACAGAGGAGGGAUCUUCUCGGGCUUUGUAUGGAAUUAACCAUUUCAGAUUAAAUAAUUCAGGAUGAAUUCAUCCGAGAAAUUCAUUCUCUUUCUGCUUCAUAAAUAAGUAAGACUUAAGAUGAUAAAUAAUGACAUCUGACUUAUUUUUGUAAAGUUUUCUGUCCUCAACAAAAAGUCUUGUUUGAGAAUGGUCUUCCUUUUUUGUCCACCUAAAUGUGAUUUAAUGGGAACACAAGAAUUAAAAGAUGACUUUAAAUGCAGUAGAAGAAGUGGAGUCACGAUGAAUAUCACAUGGCGUUCUGAUAAGAGAAUGACCCGCUGCUGAGUGGGGUUAAGAGCCGUGAGCACACACUUGUCUUCACUCUUUACUGUUGGAAGCAUCACUUCUCCCUUGAGAAUAAGCGUGUUUUUCACUCAUAUUUACUGAAGACCAUUCAAUAUCAACCUGAUUACAUAUUAAGGUAAAAAUCAGCCGUGGAACGCCAUUAGUUUUGGGUUUUGUCACUGUCUACUGAGAUACCGGUACUUCACAAAAUAAAAAUAAGUGUCAUUUUUAAGUGUCUUUGGCGCAUUUUUAACUGUAAGUAGCUUUUUUUUUUUUUUUUUUUUUUUAAAGAAUUUUAACCUCAGUAUUGCUUUGCAAGUACCACCGAUUUUGU